CAACACCAAACCAAGCUUUACAGCGUUUCACCUUUGUCUAGCGAAAAAGGAGGCGUCUUUAUGCUUUUUUCCUUCAUCAUCACUAUAAAGAGCAAGAGCCCAACUCCCAAGUUUCUCUUCUGCUCGCCUUUCUCUUUGGGUCUUGACUUUUGAGAGACUUUGUUGUGCUCUGGGUGUGGAACUUUUUCAUCAAGAAGAGUCUUGUUUCUUCAGGGUGGGAAAUCUUGGAGGAGCUGUUGAAGCUUUGAGCUUUGAUGGAGUUUGGAGAGAUGGAGAGAGGGGUUGGCGAUGCAGUGUCUGAGAAGGAUCUUCUCAACCUGGAGGAGACUGAGCUCAGAUUGGGAUUGCCAGGGACAGAUGAAUCUCGUCACAAGAAAUCAAGGAACAGCAAGAGGCCAUUUGCUGAGUCAAGUGAUGUGUCCGGAUCUUCAAAGGGUAGUUGUGUUGCUCCUCACCAUGAUGAGGACCAUGAAUCUGCUCCUGCCCCAAAAGCACAGAUAGUGGGAUGGCCCCCUAUCCGAUCCUACCGAAAGAGUACGCUUCAGCCGAAGAAGGCAGAAGCAGAGGGCUCUGGUAUUUACUUGAAAGUAAGUGUUGAUGGAGCCCCUUACCUCAGAAAGAUCGAUCUCAAGGUUUAUGGUGGUUAUCCAGAGCUCCUAAAGGCUUUGGAGAACAUGUUCAAACUCACCAUAGGUGACUAUUCUGAAAGAGAAGGCUACAAAGGAUCUGAAUAUGCGCCUACCUAUGAAGACAAAGAUGGUGACUGGAUGUUGGUUGGAGAUGUUCCAUGGGAAAUGUUCAUGUUGUCCUGCAAGAGGCUGAGAAUAAUGAAAGAAUCAGAAGCUAGGGGCUUGGGUUAUGGUGUUUGAGAAAACCCUAAUGGUAAAGAAAGAUCAAUUUGCCUCAGACAAAAAGAGAUUUUCAGCUCGGGUUCUUGGAGAAAUUUCAAUCUUGAUGCAGGUCUCCAUUAUGGAGACUAGUUGAUGUUUGGGAGGACUAUAGUCACGAAGAGAAAGUUAUUACUUUUUUCAGUUUGCUUCUGAAAAUUUUGGCAGCAGCUCUUUUGUUGGUUUGGGCAUCUGCCUGAUGUGUUCUUUUCUUAGUGAUCUUUCUUUCCGAAAGACGGCGCACAGAUAGAUACUGCUUUACAUGUAAAAGUACUGUAGAAGGGAAAUGGGUGAAAAUAUAUUGGCAUUUUCAUCUAAGGUUUGCUCUCUCCAUUGGGUUUUGAUU